ACACCGGUUCGCCAGCGUUUCCGGCCUCGUCCGAAAAAGCGCAUACUCCACCACCGAACUUCCAACGUCAGAGUCACAAUAACGCCUUCAAAUCCGUUUCCCUCACGCGCCAGCACAUGACGUGCUCCACUAGCAUUACUACAACCAAUAUUACACUCUCGUCGUUGCUACUAACUUUACCCCCAAAAUUCAGUCUCUCUUUUCUCUCUUUGUUUUUCAUUUCACUUCAGAUCAUUUUCGAUCAUUUUCGAAGCUUAUCAACUUGCUGUGUUUUUUCGACGUCGAUUUUGGUGCUCACAACAUGUCGUCAACUUCUCUUUCCAUUCUCACUGUUUUUCUUCACUUGCUGCUUUACUCAUGCUCAGUGAAUUUGGUUUCUAUGAGUCUGUCGUUUUCUGGGUCAUCUUCUGCUCCUCCUGUGUCAUCUCCAUCUUUUCAAGCUCCUACUGUUGCUCCAGGAUCGAAAAAAUAUCCUGGCCAUCUCAGUCAACACAAUCGUAGGAAGUCUUAUGCUUCGGCUCCUUCCCCUUCCCAAAGCCAAGCAUGUGACCUAAGCUGUGAGGAUCCACUCACAGAAACUCCCUUUGGUUCACCUUGUGGUUGUGUACUUCCCAUGAGUGUCUUACUUUUACUGGAUGCAGCUCCUUUGGUUGUUUAUCCGGUAAUUAAUGAGUUAGAGAUUGAACUUGCAUCUGGAACAUAUUUGAAGCAAAGCCAGGUGAAGAUAAUGGGUGUUAUUGCUGACACUCGAAAUGAAGGAAAAAGCUUAGUUGAAGUUAACCUGGUACCGCUUGGUGAGAAAUUUGACAAUAUAACUGUGGCUCUGAUAUCCCGGAGACUUUGGCACAAGAAAGUUCCUCUAAGUAGGAGUCUUUUUGGUGAUUACACAGUCUUGGACACUACUUAUCCAGGGAUGCCAUUAUCUCUGCCGAAUGGAACAUCAACUGGGAGUGCUCCCCUUCCCGGCAGAAGUGCUGCAGGUCUCCCAUUCAGCGUCGACUUUAACGGCAGCAGCAAGGAUGAUAUGAACCUUAGUACCAUAAUCAUCAUUGCUGUAUGUUCCAUAUUAAUCUUAUUGGGCAUGGUUGGAGGAGCAUUUUACAUCAUUUUUAAAUGGAGGAAAGUCAGGAGACCAUCAAGUGCGGCUGGCCUGCCAUUCACACGGUCUCUAAACAAGAAAUCUGCCAUGGAGUCUACAUUGUCUAGCAGAAUGACAAGCUCAAGUUCAAUGCCCCAUAUGUCCACCAUAGCUACUUCUGUUCUUUCUGUGAAAAAGUUUUCCUUUUCUGAACUUAUGAAAGCAACAGAUACGUUCAGUUCACAAAGAAUAUUGGGGGAAGGAGGAUUUGGGCGUGUUUAUCAUGGGAGAUUGGAUGAUGGAACUGAUGUUGCAGUUAAGUUACUAACAAAGGAUUUUCAUGAAAAUGGAAACGAUGAAUUUACUGUGGAAGUUGAGUUGCUAUGCCGUUUGCAUCAUCGUAAUCUUGUGAAACUAAUCGGCAUAUGCACAGAAGGGCACAAACGAUGCUUGGUGUAUGAGCUUGUUCGCAAUGGGAGUGUCGAGUCUCAUUUGCAUGGUGCUGAUCGGAUAAAUAACCCUCUAGAUUGGGAAGCACGGAAAAAAAUUGCCCUUGGAGCUGCAAGAGGAUUGGCCUAUCUUCACGAGGAUUCUAAUCCGCAUGUAAUCCACCGAGACUUUAAAACUGGCAACCUAUUGUUAGAAGAUGACUUCACCCCCAAGGUUUCUGAUUUUGGAUUAGCAAGAGAAGCAACUGAAGGAAGUCAAUCUAUUCCUACAAGAGUCAUGGGGACUUUUGGGUAUGUCGCCCCAGAAUAUGCAAUGACAGGACAUGUGCUUGUUAAAAGCGACGUUUACAGUUAUGGUGUUGUCCUGCUCGAACUUCUAACAGGAAGAAAGCCAGUGGACAUGUCUCAACCUGUUGGAGAGGAGAAUCUCGUGGUAUGGGCACGUCCACUGUUGAAAAGUAGAGAGGGUUUAGAACAGCUGGUGGAUCCGAAAUUGGCUGGAACUUAUGACUUUGAUGAAAUGGCAAAGGUUGCUGCCAUUGCUUCAACGUGUGUAAGCCGGGAGGUCAGUCAGAGACCCUUUAUGGGUGAAGUUGUGCAGGCUCUUAAGUUGAUAUACAACGACAACGAUGAGAUGGACGUGGAUCACUUCAGUCCAAGGGAAUCUUCUGGUCGAGGGUCUGAUUUUCAAGGUGAUCUUUCUGAUAGCAGUUGGUGGUAUGAUGAGCCUGAAGAUAUAUCCGGCCGAUUAACUUUUAGGCAAGCAAUAUCAUCGUCCUUCAUCACAAUGGAAUACAGUUCCGGUCCACUUGAUGAACUGGAAAACAGAAUGUUUUCAGGUUCAAGUUUGAUGGGAAAUGGUCUGUCUUUGUUACCGAUUCGACUCGGGAAUAGAUCGGGUCCCUUGAAAACAGCUAGAAGAAACAAGCUACCCUUUCAUAGGCUUACUGGAAGUCAAAGUGAUCAUUUGGCAUUUCCUUCCAAGCCUGUUGGGAAUGGAGGUUAACCGGCCUUGAGGUUUCUUCUAGUGUUUUUGGUAUAUAAAAUAAUCAUAUAGUUUUCUUGUUAAAAUUAGAGAUAGAGGAUGGUGGAUUCUAGUUUUAAUUGAUCUAGUUACAUUAUACAGGGAGAAAAUGUACUUUGAACCGUAUAUGCGUUAUAAAAUAUAGACUAUAGUUUUAGACA